AUGUCAUCGAAAGACAACGAAAACGCUCAAACCUUUGAUGAUUUCGUUCCGGGCAAAGUUAAGAGAAAUAAAAACGAGCAGGAGGGACGAGAUGUUGAAAUGCCAUUUGCAGGUCGAGCUCUGAUUAUACGGCUGUGCGGCCCUCCGGGAGUCGGCAAGACUUUGACAGCUGAAGCAACAUUCCUCCGACUUCUAGAAUACUACCCCGGCGUUCUUAUCCUGAACAAGAAUCGUAUCUCUGCGAUUGAUCUGGCCUUCGGGUCUUGUAUCGACGUCGUGCUUGCCUACGGGGGGCUCGGGGUCGAGGAGCGAGCUCAAGUUUAG